CCUUCAAGGCCUGCGAAACCAUAGGGGCUUUCUCCGAGAGGAGUUCAAAUAGAAGAGUCCUCGGGCGUUAUUUGCUUAGAGCUGAUGCUUCAGUAGGGAAGUCUAAAGCAUCCUAGAGGGCGUCUCGUUUGCAUAGAGCAGACACCACUUCCUCCCUCCGCAGGCUUCCUUCCUCGCUGUCCCUCCGCCUUCUUUCCUGACCCUGCUUUCCUUCGCUCUGCGGCCUCCCGUGCCUCCUGAGUCGCUGCCCUGAUGCUUCCGAAGCGACGGCGAGUGCGAGCUGGGUCCCCACAAAGCGCUGCAGCCUCCUCCACGCCGCCAGCGGCGCGCUUCCCGGGUGUGGCCAUCUACCUAGCGGAGCCGCGAAUGGGCCACAGUCGCCGGGCCUUCCUCACGCGCCUGGCGCGGUCCAAAGGCUUCCGCGUCCUAGAUGUCUACAGCUCAGAGGUGACCCAUGUGGUGAUGGAGGGGACCUCAGCCAAGGAGGCCAUCUGCUGGCAGAAGAACAUGGAUGCUCUUCUCCCAGGGUGCCCGCAGCCAGCUCUCCUAGAUAUUAGCUGGUUUACAGAGAGCAUGGCAGCUGGACAGCCUGUCCCUGAGGAGGCCCGGCACCGCCUGGAGAUAGCUGAGCCCAGGAAGGAGCCCCCAGUCUCAGUGUCCAUGCCAGCUUAUGCCUGUCAGCGCCCCUCACCUCUCACACACCAUAACACCCUCCUCUCAGAGGCUCUGGAGACGCUGGCAGAGGCAGCGGGUUUCGAAGGCAACGAAGGUCGUCUUCUCUCCUUCUGCAGAGCAGCCUCGGUGCUCAGGUCCUUCCCCUGCCCUGUCACCUCUUUGAGCCAGCUGCAAGGGCUGCCUUACUUUGGAGAACACUCCUCUAGAGUCAUCCAGGAGCUGCUGGAGCAUGGAACAUGUGAGGAGGUGGAACAAGUCCGUUGCUCGGAAAGGCACCAGACCAUGAAGCUCUUCACCCAGGUCUUUGGAGUUGGGGUGAAGACUGCCAGCCGCUGGUACCAGGAAGGACUACGAACCCUGGAUGACCUCAGAGAGCAGCCCCAGAGACUGACCCAGCAGCAGAAAGCAGGGCUCCAGUAUUACCAGGACCUGAGCACUCCGGUUAGGCGAGCUGACGCUGAGGCUCUGCAGCAGUUGGUAGAGGCAGCUGUGAGUCAGAUCCUGCCCGGAGCCACUGUCACACUGACUGGCGGUUUCCGAAGGGGGAAGUUACAAGGUCAUGACGUGGACUUCCUUAUCACCCAUCCCGAGGAAGGCCAAGAAGUAGGGCUGCUUCCCAGAGUGAUGAGCUGCCUCCAGAGCCAGGGACUCGUCCUGUAUCACCAAUACCAUCGCAACCACUUAACAGACUCCACCCACAUCCUGCAGCGGAGCUCCACCAUGGAUGCUUUUGAGAGGAGUUUCUGCAUCUUGUGCUUGCCACAACCCCAACAGGCAGCUUUAGAGGGGGCCCUGCAUCCCUGCCCAACCGGGAAAGCUGUGAGGGUGGAUCUUGUGGUCACGCCCAACAGCCAGUUCCCCUUUGCCCUUCUGGGCUGGACUGGCUCCCAGUUCUUUGAGCGGGAGCUACGGCGGUUUAGCCGGCAAGUGAAGGGGCUGUGGCUAAACAGCCAUGGGCUGUUCGAUCCUGAGCAGAAGAGAGUUUUCCAUGCAACUUCUGAGGAAGAUGUUUUCAGACUCCUGGGCCUCAAGUACCUUCCUCCAGAGCAAAGAAAUGCCUGAACUGAGAAAUGCCUGCUGGCUGCCACACCCGUCCAUGAAAAAUAGGAGGGGCAGCUACCUCAUGCUUGACCAGGAAUGUCUCCAGACAGGAGCAUUGCCACCGCAUGGCCUCACCUGUGCAAAUGGAGUUUUCAUCUCCUGGGACAUUGGUAGAGUGUGACCCCGAGUCAGCUCAACUUUUCAACCUCCACAUACCUCACAGAGAGGGGCUUUUAGCAGUUCACACAUUAUGGACCUAUGGCAGCGUCUGAAGCCUUGCUUCUGGUCCCACUGUGGUUGCUGUGUCUGCUGCAGAGUACCCCAUUCAGUGUGCCAGAAAAGAGACCUACUAUGUCCCUGCACUGGGCUUGACAUGGGAAGUAUCCUUCCGGCAAUGAGGUGCUGCACAGGAGUGAGACACCUGCCCGAGUGCUGUGUUUCAGUAGAAGGUGGCCCAGGACAGCAACCUCCAGUGUUGACACCUCCACCCGCAGACCUGGGUACCUGUACUGGACUUCAUGAGCAGCGCAGCUCCAGAAUCGACUACGGUCUUCUAUCCUUAGCUACCAAUCCCCUCACACUCCGGCCUAGGGCUAGCCUGGCCUGCCUACCCACAAUCCCCUGUGCAUCCACAGCCCCAGCAGUGCCUUCUGGGAGGGCUGGGUCUUAGAACAGAGACUGUAGCUCAGCCUGGCAGCUGGAAGUACUAAAGCUCAGCAGGAUCAGUGGGCAGCAGCAGAGCGGUGGUCUUCCAAUCCUGAGAUUGUGAGGUGCGGGUUUCCUGGUCCUGCUUCUUCAAGACAUGUGCUGCUCUGCCACUCCUAACAGCCCUGCAGCAGUUCCGAACCUCCAAUCCUCAUGCAGGCCUGUGGCCCUGCAGUCCUCGGGCAGGCCCUAUGGCUCUGCUGUUCCUCUUAUCUCUUCCAGUCUCAGCUGUACCGCUCCAGUUAAGCCUCCCCUCCACUUACCCAGUUCACUCCUGGUUCCUGUUUGCUGGCUCUGUGUGACCAACUUCUUCACCUUCUCUGGGCUGGAAGCACUGAAGUGGGCUGGUCACAGUGUCCUCAUGUCUCCAAGUGCCAAGGGCUCUAAAGGCCCUUGCCUUAUUGUACACUUAGGGCCCACUGUCCUUACCUCCUUCAGGACCUGACAGAUGCGGACCUCCUAGAUCAAUCAGCAGAUUAACAAGUAUUUUAAAAAUUAAUGUUCAAUAAAGUAGAUUAUUUUUUUGGA